UCUUAAUCUCUUGGGAUUUUCAAGAGAAACUCUUCAAAAAAUCAUCUUUCUUUACACACACACAUAUACACAGAUACAGAGAUCAGAUAUAAUAAAUACAUAUAUAUUUAUAGCAUCAUCAUAUCUCUCAUACAUACAUGGACUCUGCUAAUCUCCAUCAGCUUCAAGAUCAAUUACAGCUUGUGGGGUCUUCUUCAUCUUCUUCUUCCUUAGACAAUAACUCUGACCCUUCUUGCUAUGGAGCUUCCUCUGCUCAUCAAUGGAGCCCAGGAGGUAUUUCUUUGAAUAGUGUGAGCUUGAGUCAUAACUACAACAAUGAGAUGUUAAACACAAGAGAUCACAACAACCACACAAGUGAAUGUAUGAGUCUCUCCACCAUUCACAAUCACUCCUUGAUCCAACAGCAAGACUUUCCUUUACAAUGGCCUCAUGACCAAUCUUCAUAUCAUCAUCAUGAAGGACUUCUCAAGAUCAAAGAAGAGCUUUCCUCAUCAACUAUCUCAGACCAUCAAGAAGGAAUAUCCAAGUUCACAGACAUGUUAAACAAUCCAGUGAUCACAAACUAUUUGAAGAUCAAUGAACAUAAGGACUACACAGAGAAGCUUCUUCUAAAGAGUAUAUCUUCUGGUUUCCCCAUCAAUGGAGAUUAUUGUAGCAGCCUUCCCUCUUCUUCUUCUUCCUCUUCGCCUUCGUCUCAGUCUCAUAGAGGGAAUUUCAGUCAGAUUUACCCAAGUGUAAACAUAUCGAGCUUGAGCGAGUCUCGGAAGAUGAGCAUGGACGACAUGAGUAACAUCCCAAGACCAUUUGAUAUGAACAUGCAGGUUUUUGAUGGAAGAUUGUUUGAAGGGAAUGUCUUAGUUCCUCCUUUGAAUUCUCAAGAGAUUAGCAAUCUUGGGAUGAGCAGAGGAAGCUUUCCUCCUUUUGGCCUCCCUUUUCAUCAUCAUCUGCAGCAAACACUUCCCCACCCUUCUUCUUCCCCUACUCAUCAAAUGGAAAUGUUCAGCAAUGAACCUCAAACAAGUGAAGGGAAGAGACAUAACUUCUUGAUGGCAACAAAGGCAGGCGAAAAUGCUUCCAAGAAACCGCGCGUGGAAUCACGCUCCUCUUGCCCACCCUUCAAGGUGAGGAAAGAGAAGUUAGGAGACAGGAUAGCAGCUCUGCAGCAGUUGGUUUCACCCUUUGGGAAGACAGAUACAGCAUCUGUGUUAAUGGAGGCAAUUGGAUACAUCAAAUUCUUACAGAGCCAGAUUGAGACUUUAAGCGUCCCCUACAUGAGAGCAUCUAGGAACCGACCCGGAAAAGCCUCCCAGCUGGGCUCACAAUCACAAGAAACGGAUGAGGAAGAGACGAGGGAUCUAAGAAGCCGUGGGCUGUGUCUAGUGCCGUUAUCAUGCAUGACUUAUGUUACCGGAGAUGGUGGGGACGGAGGAGGCGGUGUUGGUAGUGGGUUUUGGCCAACGCCACCUGGUUUUGGUGGCGGAACUUAGCCGUGGACUUAACAAACCGUAGGACUAUUA